AGCAUGUGAGGUUCUCCAGCGAAAAACAGCCUCUCAAGCCGAGACCGUCAGGUGUCUCACAGCACCCCUCGAACCACGUCGUAUCAGGGGCGUAUUCCGCGCAGAGUGUGGAGGAGUUGUGGGCGAGUGGGGACUGAUUUGCCCAGAAUCGGGGAGAUGCCUCGGUACUUGGGAAGCGGCCUCACAUCCUGCGCUGCCACCGCUUCCACACGCUCGCAUCCAAUACUGCAUUCGCCUUAAUCUUCUUUCUUCUCCCUCAGUUUUUGUUGAUUACUUUGCGCCCUUCGGCUAUUUCUUCUCUGAACAAUCCUCUGGACCUUCGUUGUGUGCAGAUAUAUCUUCGUUUUGAGCCUCCGCAGCUUCGUCGAUUCGUCUGUGCAUCCAGAUAUCGAUCCCAGAUUCCUUCAAUCCAACUUCUUCGAAAACAUCCUUCCCAGAUCUCCUGCGUCUCUCACCAUCUCUGUGCCUAUCCAUCUAGUUCAAAAUGUCGUCUCCUCAGCAACUCCGAACCACGACCACGGAUCUCCUGAAGAUCAAACAUCCAGUUCUGCUGGCUGGUAUGAACGUGGCGGCUGGCCCUAAAUUGGCUGCCGCAGUCACCAAUGCCGGAGGCCUUGGUGUUAUUGGUGGUGUCGGCUAUACCCCAGACAUGCUCCGGGAACAGGUUGCCGAGCUCAAGAGCUAUCUGAACGACAAGAACGCCCCCUUCGGUGUCGACCUUCUCCUUCCUCAAGUCGGUGGGAGCGCAAGAAAGACAAACUACGACUAUACCAAGGGCAAGCUCAACGAAUUGAUUGACAUCAUCAUUGACUCUGGCGCGAAGCUCUUCGUCUCAGCCGUGGGUGUUCCUCCAAAGGAAGUUGUGGACAAGCUCCACAGAAACGGCAUCCUCUACAUGAAUAUGAUUGGCCACGUCAAGCACGUGAAGAAAUGCCUUGACCUUGGUGUCGACUUAAUAUGUGCCCAGGGUGGUGAAGGCGGCGGUCACACCGGUGAUACCCCCACCUCAGUGCUCAUCCCCGCUGUCGCCAAACUCUGCGCGGAAGCUCCGCCAUCGAAAUUCACCGGCCAGCCCGUGCAAUGCAUUGCGGCAGGAGGUAUCUUCUGCGGCGCAUCUCUGGCAUCGGCUCUGAUGCUCGGUGCCUCCGCCGUCUGGGUCGGAACACGCUUUGUGCUCUCCGAGGAAGCUGGUGCACCCAAAGCACAUCAGGAAGCCGUCCGGACUGCCGGCUUCGAUGACAACAUUCGAACCAUCAUUUUCACUGGGCGGCCUCUCCGGGUGAGGGCCAACGAGUACAUCAAGAACUGGGAGGAGAACCGGCAAUCCGAGAUCAAGGCGCUGACUGAGAAGGGUGUUAUUCCGGUUGAACACGACUUCGAGACCAAGGGCGAUGACCUCUCCGACGAGGACAUGGAGAACGCCCGCCCCUUCCUGAUGGGCAAGGCCGCCGCCGUGGUCAACGAGAAGAAGUCCGCCCGUGAAAUCGUCGACGAGUUCGUCAACGACGCCGUCAAGUGUCUGCAGACGGGCAACGCCUUGAUCGUCUCCAAGAGCAAGCUAUGAACGCUCCAUGUGGGGAGUCGGGGUCGGAAGCAGAGCUAAGACGGGGCAGGGUAUGGAGGAGGUAGACAGCGGGCGGGCGUGGCUGAUGUAGGCUGCCAUUUUCUGUAGGCUCGUUUCAUGGCGCAUAAGCAAAAUUGUUGGGCCGCGGUGCCGCGAAUGGCUCUUGCUUUAUGCUCCUGUCCAAUGUCUUUGUUUGACACUGAUCCUUUUUUUUUCGAUUUUUCGCUCUACGGACCCUCUGUUGCUCGAUUAGAACGCGGUUCACGUCGCUUGCUCUCUCGCCUGUAGGCUUAUCACAUUAUCACCCCAAAUAGGCCGAGAGUGCUGGACCCCCCAAAAAACUAGGCGAAGGGAGC